GCAGUUCGUUAAGCUAACGUUAGCGCUUCCUGCUAUGAGUUGAGCAAGACUGAAGGUAAGGGAAACACUUAUAUAAAACUAGUGUUUUUACUGUGAAAUAGGUAUGUGUGCCACCUGGAUGUAUUCUUAAUAUGUUCAGGCUCCCACAGCAUUCCGGUAAUGCUGUAUAUGUCAUCAGUGACGUUAUUCAGCGACACAUAUGUUAGCAGACCUUCACUUGUUGUAGCGUUAGCUUAGCUAAUGUUAGCUAGCAUAGCUUCCUCACACCCUGCUACACUAAUCAAGAGUUAACUUUAACGUUACUAGAUAACCUGACGCAGGACUCAUCCAGGAACUUCCGUUAUUUAACGUUAAAGCUCAGGAAAAAUAACUGUAGCCUUUGCUGGACUUUUUGUGUUCGUGUCAGUUUUUGUUUUGAUGUUGACCUAAAAAGUUAAAGGGACAGCAGACUAUUGAUACAAGUAACAGAGCUCAACUUGGCUCGAGCUUAUCUAGGUGUAAUGACAAAUUUAGUUUCUCUGUCAGAAAAUGUCUUCCCUUCAAAGUAAAAGAAAAUUAAUCUGUUGUCAUUUUGAUAUUAAUUCAUCACGUUAAGCCUUUUUUUUUUUUUUUUUUUAUGAAAAAAAAAAAAUGUAAUUUCUUUCUGUGGUUCCAGCUUCUUAAAUGGGAUGAUUUGUUGUGUAGUAAAUAGUAAAUUGACUAUUUGGGGCAUUUGGACUGUUGGUUUGAAAAAAGUAUUUCGUCCCUUCGAAAUUGUGAUUUGCAUUUCUCACUAUUUUUCAAAGAUCAUGCAAUUGAUCAAUUCAUGAGGAAAACAAUCACCAGAUUAACUGAUAAUAAAAAUAACAGAUUUUAAUGAGAGUGCACAGUUUGGCACAACACACCAGUGUUUAACUAAUUUCUCUUCGCCCUCACACACGUUGUCGUGAGGUGUUUGCUGUGCGGUUUAUUCUUUGGCUGUGUUAUCUUAUCACCUCUUGUCUUCAGUGCUGGGAAUGCAGCCGCCGGUCCCACCUGAGGCAGUCAGAGAGCUGGUGUGCUCCUGUCUGCACAGAGACCCAGUAGCAGCAGACCUCCGCUGCAGCCUGUUUGUUGCUGCUGCACAGACCUACAAGAGGGACUCUUUGCUCAGACCCUUCCCCCCUCGAUACAUAAGUGGUGACAAUAAGAACUUUGAGGAGCUGUUGGCAGAUGUGCACUCUUUGCCUGGUGUGAGAGAGUUGGUGAGACUACGACCCAGAGACGGAGCUCAUCAUCUGGCUCUCACACACUGGAUUCUCUCUUCAAAGAGCUUUGCUGUAAAGACACUACAGAAAGAUGAGUAUGCCAAACUUUGUAACCUCACGGAAAUCGAUGGGCUUUCUGCGCCUGUGCCUGACUUCCUGUUUGAGUUGGAGUACUGUGAUCAGAUGAACGCCAGGUUUGAGAAGACGAGGGAAGGCAGAGACGUCUUCUAUGCAUUCCACGGGAGCCGUCUGGAAAACUUUCACUCCAUCAUUCACAAUGGGCUGCACUGCCACCUCAACAAGAACUCGGUGUUUGGAGAGGGGACCUACCUCACCAGUGACCUCAGCAUGGCUGUCCUCUACAGUCCACACAGCAGCGGCUGGAGAGAAAGUCUUCUGGGCCCACUGCUCAGCUGUGUUGCCAUGUGUGAAGUCAUUGAUCACCCGCAUGUUAAGUGCCAGGUGAAGAAGAAAGAUUCUGAGAUCAUUGACCGUCAGCGCUCAAGAGCAAAGAACAGCGAAGGAGGCGACGUACCGCAGAACUACUUUGUAGUCACCAACAAUCAGCUUUUGCGAGUCAAAUACCUGCUCGUGUACUCUCAGAGGAAGCACCUGUCUAGACGUUCCCGCAGCACCUCCUGGCUCCUCAGCCACCAUUUUGCCAUCAUGAUGAGUCUCUACUUCCUGCUGCUCAUCUUCAUCGGUGCCUUUAACUCCACCACCUUCGUAUCCUUUUGGAACAGACUGUUUAGGUGACAAGAAAAAAUGUUUAUUAUCCACGGUGCCUUCGUGAUCAGAGACUGACGAGAGGCCGGAGCAAAGAUCCAGUUUUAUGCACCUUUUAUACUGACUUCUCUCUACAAUCAUUGUUACGUCUACAAAUAACCAUAAUUGCUAUUAUUCUGUUAUAUGCAGUUAUAACCUAUGUUUUCAAAUGGCAAAUAUUGGGAUCCAUUUUUUUUUGAAAUGGAUAAUAAGACCAUUCUGCAUUAUGAAAAUGUUAUGCAAUGUUUCACCUGUAAUUAGUUUGUUUUAGUAAACAUCCUGUGUUUUAGAUAAGAUCUGUUGCUGUGUGGUCUUUCUAAACGAAGUGUUCAAAGAAUAAAAACAGCAAUUUGUUUCAGUAACAAAAGAGUCAAGUGAUAAGAUCUGUUUUUGGUUUAUCAUGUAUUAAAGGUGCAGUGUGUAGGAUUUGGCGGCAUCUAGUGUUUAGGUUUCAGAUUGCAAGCAACCGCAACUUUUCCCGGCGGCGUGACGGGUAGCUUCGGUGGCCGACGCAAAAACACAAAUGGCUCUAUCCAAUGUUUGGUUUGUCCUUUAUGGGCUACUGUAGAAACAUGGCGGACGGCUCCAUGAAGAGGGCCGACUCCGUAGGUUGAUAUAAACGGCUAAUUCUAAGGUAACAAAAACACGAAACGAUUGUUAUUUAUACUAUAUUAUAAUAUUAUAUUCCAUUUCUGCCAAUAGAUCCCACCUAAAUGCUGCACACUGUUCCUUUUAUGCACUGAGAACUUUUAUCACAUUAACUGAUCAUUAGUGUCGGUGAUGCAGUCAGUUGGUCCGGCACUAAUGACAAUGUCCCAAUUUAAAUUCUUACUUUUUAAUGAUAUGAUUAUGCAUCACUCAGUUAUGGGUCGGGACAUUUUUUUUUAUAACUCAUGAUUUUCGUGUAAUUUUGAGGUAUUGAAUAUAACCGCUAUUAAUAAAGAAAAUAUAUACAGUGGCCAUUUUGUUUGUGCUGACAUACUUUAUAAUAAUAAUGGAUCAUAGAAAGGCCACAGAUAACCUCACUGAUAAUGAUUUAGGAUAUGCUUUUAUAUCCUUAUAUUGGUACAUGAAAUAAACUGUAUGUCCGCUCAAAGGCAUGAGCUUCUGAACAUUUGUUACACUAAUAAAGCAAUACUUGAUUUCAUUUCUUUUCAA